CUCACUCACUCCUCCCUCCGUCUGCUCCUCUCACUCCGCUCCUCUCGUGCCGGCCCGUCCUCCACCUCUGCCCGGCCACACUCCCACGCAGACCCUGCCGACUACCGGAGACCAGCACGGGACAAAGAGCUGGGUCACGACGAGAGAAAAACAGCCUGGCAGAAAAAUAUCGGGUCGCAGUUUUUUAAAGCAGCAUCUCACUCAUCGUCCCAUCUGUAGACACUUUUUCUAGUUGUAACCGUAGUCAGUGUUUUGUUUAAAAGGAACAACUUUGUACGCCAUGGAAAGAUGUAAAAAUCUGUCCGGGUAGUAAAGUUGGACACAAACUGCGCCUUUCUGCGGAGCACAAGCAGCGGGCUGGGCUCACUCUCAGGACCGUUAGGUUUCUAGCUAGCUAGCUGGGUGGGACCCUGACGACUUCGUGGAAAAAUACACUACUUUUUUCUUAAUUGUGAGCCCUGUUUCACGCUUCACUACGGGGGAAAACACCAAAGAUGCUGUCGGGGCUGAGCGACUGGUUCUGGCAGGAGCAGCUGUGGUUUCCAAAGGGCCUGGGCUGGGCUGACCUGGAGGAUCGGGAUGGAAGAGUCUACGCAAAAACCCAAGACUUGUGGGUGGCAAUACCCAUCGCCCUUGUAUUCCUCAUUAUCCGCCAGAUCUUUGAAAGAACGGUGGCUACACCUCUAGCUUCUCUGCUCGGGGUGAAAGAGACAGUGCGGCUCCAAGUCCCUCACAACCCCACACUGGAGUCCUACUAUUGUAACAUUACCAAAAACCCCAAACAGACGGCAAUAGCAAGUCUUUGCAAGCAGACCAGCUUUUCAGAAAGACAAGUGCAGAGGUGGUUCAGGAGACGAAGGAACCAGGACAGACCCAGUUUGCUCAAAAGGUUUCGAGAAGCCAGUUGGAGAUUUACCUUUUACCUUCUUGCUUUCAUUGCUGGCCUGGCCGCCCUCAUCGAUAAACCCUGGCUGUAUGACCUGAAGGAGAUGUGGCAAGGCUUUCCUGUGCUGACUCUUCUACCCUCUCAGUAUUGGUACUACAUGAUUGAGCUGGGUUUCUACGGCUCUCUGCUCGUCAGUGUGGCUUCUGAUGUCAAACGCAAAGACUUCAAGGAGCAGAUCGUUCACCAUGUGGCGACAAUCCUCCUCAUCAGCUUCUCCUGGUGUGUUAACUAUAUCCGUGCUGGAACUCUCAUCAUGCUGGUUCACGACUCCUCUGAUUAUUUCCUUGAGUCUGCAAAGAUGUUCAACUAUGCUGGGUGGCGAAAUGCUUGUAACUACAUCUUCAUCGUAUUUGCUGCAGUCUUCAUUAUCAGUCGACUGGUCAUCUUCCCUUUCUGGAUUAUUUACUGUACGUGGAUUUACCCAGUGACCAUGUAUGAACCCUUCUUCGGCUACUACUUUUUCAACGGACUUCUGAUGGUUCUGCAGUGUCUUCAUAUCUUCUGGGCGGUGCUCAUCAUACGCAUGGCAAUCCGCUUCCUCACCCACAAUGAAAAAGUGGACGAUGAAAGGAGUGACAAAGAUGAAACGGAUGAAUCAGAAGAGGAGGAAGAGCAGGCUAAAAAGGACAUGAGGAAGAACGGGCCGGUGCAGAAUGGUCACACAGUCCACAACAACAACCACAGCAAGAUAGAGUGAAAGCAAACAAGUGUCAGGAAGAAGGAAUGUGAGAUGGACUCAUAUCCCUCAGUAGGGGAGCCAGAGGGAGGGAUGGAAAGAGAGAGAGAGAAGAUUGGGGGGCCAGUCAUUCCCUUAAAACCAACAACAGCAGAUAUCCAGAGGAAAGUUGACAACACAAAAACAAUCACACGUUCAUUCGUACAUUUAGACGACACGGAGAUCCAGCCCAUGAUAUACACUACAUUAAGUGGCAUGGCUUUAUUUGCUUUGUCACUAUUGAAAAUGUAUAGCUGUCAGUGUGUGUUGUCACCAUUUCAAAGAGACAGGGGAGAAAACUGACAGAGGAGGGGGGUGAUGCUGCUUCUACUUUAGCUUUCCUUGUUCUAUGUGCCUUAGAGCCAGCUAAUGGCUGUUAAAAUGCCAUUUUUAAAAAGCUUUCUCCUUUAAUCACGCUUUGCUUUAUUUCUUUCACCUCUUCUGUUUUUUAAUAAAAGAAGAAAAGAGAAUGAAAGUGAGACAAUAGGGCAUUUCCUUCCCUAAUUUUCUGUCUAUGCAAUUACGUAAGUGUUUUCCGCUAUUGCAAAGUCUUUGCACACAUUUUUUUAAAUACUGUAAUAACUUGCAGUAGCACUGCCGUGCCUCUGCUCUCCAAUGCGGCCUCUGCCAUUAAAACUGCCUAGUACGUUUUAAAGAGUACAUUUGGCGUCAGUUUUGUAGAUAAACAUCAAGAAAUGUGCUUUCUUGUUUCUAAUUUCUGUUCUGUAUUCUUAAUCCAGCAUAGCUCUUUAUUUGCAAUUCCCUUUCUACAAUUGAUAUCUAACCUGCAAAUGUUAUCAUUCUUAACACUGCAAUAUAAAUCACAGCUUCCUGCUAGUUUUGAGGAAGCUGAAUAUUUUGUAUCCCUCUGGUUUGAAGCUGUUCAAUCCAGUCUAGUUUUGAAUCACGCCGAUGCUGCCACCCGCUGAAGAUGGAUGAGGUGGGCUGAAAUUCAGGAGUUUUAAUAAAUCUAAUGAAAUCGGACAGAUAAGCCAUUUCUAGUUUUUACAAAUACGGGCCAGGUUUCUUCGAUUCACUGCCUUGUAGCAUGGGUUAUGUUUGUGAACCUGGGUUAGAGUUUUAAUUGUUGAUCUAAAUGAAUGAUUUUAGGUAUGAUUGUGUGUAUGAAACCGGUUUUACAGGUACUGUUAUUUGAUGUUAAGGAGGUAAAUUACAUUAAAAACUAUUUUUAGCAGUUAAGUGUUUGAGAAUUGUGAUGGAUUCAAUAAAUGAGUGUUGCAGUUUGAUUGUUAUGCUUUACAUGUGGCUGUACGGCAAGUGCCUUAUCCGUAAUGUAUAAGAAGCUCUCUCUCUUGUCUUCAUGUCCUCUAGUUUUCUUUCCUGUCUCCACAUCAUAGAUCCAACUCUGAGUCUAGCAUAUCCUCCGCUGUCUCAUCCAUUGCCCACUCCUCUUCUUCAUAAAUGUCCUUUCUUUUAAACUCACCCUCAUUCCACCGCCACAUUCUUUUUUACUAACCCCGACCAACCAGAAACCUCUCGUCUCCAGGGAUACAGAGGCAGCUGUGUCCCAAUUACAGUGUUAUUCUUUCCUUAUUUUGUAUUUUGUUUGUUUAAUGAUGCCUAAGUAUUGUUAUUAAUAAUAAAAACAAAAAUCAUGAAUCACAGCGAAAGCCCUUGUAUGUGUGCAUCAUGUCUGCUAACACCCUAAACAUUGAACAUUUCAUGAUCACCGACGUCAUCAACAGCUCCCUUAAGGAUCUUAAAACUGCCGUCAUCAGACCCCUUCUCAAAAAACCCACCCUAGACCCAGAUUUCCUCGCCAACUACAGGCCCAUCUCCAACCUCCCAUUUCUAGCCGAGGUGCUGGAAAAAGUAGUUGCCGCCCAGCUUCAGGACCAUCUCCAACUAAACGGACUCUUUGAGAAAUUCCAGUCCGGUUUCCGUUCUACCCACAGCACUGAAACAGUUCUGGUCAGGGUCACAAACGACCUGCUGAUGGCGGCUGACACUGGUUCCCCAUCCUCCUGGAUCUGACUGCAGCAUUCGACACUGUUGACCAUAACAUCCUCCUUCAGCGCCUCCAAUACACCAUCGGACUCUCUGACUCCGCCCUGAGCUGGUUCCAGUCCUACCUGUCUGGAAGAACAGAGUGCGUCUCCUUGGGAGGUGCGAGGUCCCAGACACACCCUGACACCUGUGGUGUCCCUCAAGGGUCGGUCCUCGGGCCCACUGUUCACCCUUUACACUCUGCCCCUUGGUCGUGUCAUCAUCCAGCAUGGCAUAUCAUUCCAUUGCUACGCUGAUGACACGCAGCUAUAUAUAAAGACAUACCCUAUCCCAUCACCCUUCCCAUCAGCAUCCUUUAACUCCUGCCUUGAGGAGAUAAAGGCUUGGAUGCAACAAAACUUCCUGCAGCUUAAUAGCUCCAAAACAGGCUAUUUUAGUUGGCACACCAAACCAGGUCCAGUCAUCCCCCAUGACCCACAUUACCUUUUCUGGACAAAACAUACCCCUUUCUGCAUCAGUUACCAACCUGGGUGUAAGAUUUGACCGACAUCUGACCUUUGACACCCACAUCAAACACCUGUACAAAACCUCCUUCUACCACCUCAGGAACAUUGCAAAACUCCGUCCCACAAUCUCCCUGUCAGAUGCUGAACAACUGGUCCAUGCCUUCGUUUCCUCAAGGCUAGUCUACUGCAACGCUCUUCUCAUCGGGACUCCUAGUGGGAGCCUUCAGAAGCUCCAAUACAUACAGAACAGUGCUAGGAUCUUGAUGAGGGUGAGAAAGUACCCCCCCCCCAGGACCAAACUCCGCACAAUGGGGGAUCGGGCUUUCUGUGCAGCUGGUCCUCACCUGUGGAAUUUCCUCCCAGACCACCUGAGGACUCCACAGACCACUGAAGCCUUUAAGAAAGGCCUAAUAACCUUGCUUUUAAAUAAAGCCUUUGAUUAAA